UCAAAUUAUCGCAGCCUGUAAAUAGUUUUUAUUUAUAUACAGCUUAUAAAUUGUUAGGUAUUUUUUGUAUUGGCAACAAACAUUUUAAAACGAUGUCUUCGGUAGAAUUGUUCUUUGAAGGCAACUAUGAUGAGGAAAGAAGUGUUAUCACGCACGCCAAGAUACGCAGGGCAUUACGAGAUGCUUCAAACCCAAUGGAUUUGGACGAAAAUAUAUUCAUACAAAAUUUCCGACUUUCGAAACAAGCCUUCCUAGAUGUAUUGACCGAUAUUGACGAUAAACUUAAACCAAUAAAAAGUCAACAAUCCAUCCCAAAUAUACUCAAGCUAGCAGCUGUUUUAAAAUUCUUUGCUCAAGGAAGCUACCAAUUGAGCGUUGGGAAUGACUUUAAUAUUGGUAUGGCACAACCAACGGUGUCUGUCAUUCUUAGUGAACUGCUAAGUAUUUUGGAAAGACACAUUUGUCCGAAAGGGAUUCAAUUUAACUAUACCCAGGAAGAAGAACGUCGGGCAAAAAUAUACUUCUUCGAAAAAAGUAGAAUUCCAAAUGUGGUUGGGGCUAUCGAUGGUACGCACAUAAAAAUAAUUGGACCCAAUAAGGACCUUCAGCAUGUGUAUUACAAUAGAAAGGGCUAUUAUAGUAUAAAUGCGAUGCUUGUUUGUGAUCACUUAAUGUACAUCAGGUGUGUAAAUGCAAAACAUCCAGGGUCCUCACAUGAUGCUAGCGUUUGGAAUAUGUCACAGCUAAAGGUAAAGUUAGAAGCUUCGUAUCGUAAAGGAAGAACCAACUUUCGAAUUCUUGGUGACGGGGGAUAUCCUCUUUCACCAUACUUAAUUACACCAUAUAGGAACGUUGAAGAGAGUUCCUUGCAAGCAAACUUCAAUAAAAAACAUGCACACGGUCGAAAUAUUAUCGAACGCACUAUUGGUGUUCUGAAAUGUAGAUUUAGGUGUCUUUUGCAAGCGCGAGAACUACAUUACCCAGCAAAAAAAGCAACCAAAAUAUUUAACGUAUGUGCAGCCCUUCAUAACAUUUGUGUAAAGUAUAGAUUGGAAAAUCCUGAAGCUAUCGAAGAGGAAUCCGAAAAUGUUCUUGGAAACCAUGAUAUGUUAGAUGAUUCUGCAAUGUUCACUGAAGGCAGUCGGAUAAGGGAUUCAAUAGCAAGAUUCAUGCAAACCGAAUAAAUAAAAAAAUGCAUCACAAAAUCAAAAAUCUUUUGUUUUAUCAUUUUAUUGUUCGUUUUAAAAAACAAUUUAUGUAUAACAAAACAAGAUACAUAUUACAAAAGCUUAAUAAAAACAUAACAUGAAAACGUAACAUAAAAAAAGCACUGAGAGUUCAUACAUUGCUCAAAAGUAAAAAAAAUAAAUAAAUAUCCAUUAUAACUAACUUAACUGAAAUCACAAAAGUUCACUUGUUUUAGCAUUUAAAACAUAAUUAAACUGGCACAUAGGAAUUCAUAACAUUAUGCUUUGCUUGCUCAAUUUCCAAAAGUUGUUUUUUUAAUUUUAAUUUGGUUUUUCUAUCGUUUUCUUUAUUUUUAAUAUUUUCUUUAUAUAGCUGCAACUUUUCUUUUUUAAUUUUAAGUAAUUCACUUUGUUUUUCUUUUUUUAAAUUGUAAGUUUUUUUGGCAUAAUAUUCAGUGUUUUGAAUGGAUGAUUUCAUGCUUUGUAAGUUUGUGUCGAUAUUGCUCAUUAAAUUACUCAUGUUGUAAUUAAAUUUUUCCUGCGCCGACGUUUGCUUUUCCAACAGAGCCAUUCUUUCUUUUUCAUUUGUGUCCUUAAAUGUUGCCUUAUUUUUCCGAUUUGGAUUUGUUGACGCUGCAAUCACUUCUCCAACCUGCACGGCCGUGACUACUUCUUUGGUGUCCAUUGCAGA